GUGGGGUGUUUUUUUUUUUGGAGCCGUCCCUGCUCACGCUCUUCUCGCGAAACGCUGUUCUUCGCGUUGUCACCAGCGCAGGCCACUUCAAGGAUUUCGACGGGGUUCUAGAGGACCGUUUGUGCAUCUUUCAGAAGACCCAACUCGCAGCCGCAUCGCCUGCAGUAAUCUGAAGAAAUGGCUAGUGUACACGAGAAGCUCAUCUCCACCGUGGCUGACUGUGCACCAGAGCAGCCGAGAAACAAGGUCACAGUUGUUGGAGUUGGACAGGUUGGGAUGGCAUGUGCGUUUAGCAUUCUCUCAGGGAACUAUGCAGAUGAGCUGGCACUUGUUGAUGUCCUUGAGGACAAGCUUGAAGGAGAAAUGAUGGAUCUUCUCCAUGGCAGUGUCUUUCUUAAAACCCGCAAAAUUGUUGCAAACAAAGAUUAUUCAGUGACUGCAAACUCUCGUAUUGUGGUUGUGACUGCUGGUGCCCGUCAACAGGAAGGGGAGAGUCGCCUUAACUUGGUGCAGCGCAAUGUUAACAUCUUCAAGCAUAUAAUCCCUCAGAUUGUUAAAUACAGUCCAAACUGUGUCAUCAUUGUGGUGUCUAAUCCAGUUGAUAUCCUAACCUAUAUAACCUGGAAGCUCAGUGGCCUGCCAAAGCACCGUGUCAUAGGAAGUGGUUGCAAUCUCGAUUCUGCCCGCUUCCGUUACAUGAUGGCAGAAAAGCUCGGCAUUCAUGCAUCAAGCUUUCAUGGAUGGAUUCUAGGAGAGCAUGGGGAUUCUAGUGUGCCUGUGUGGAGUGGUGCUAAUGUGGCAGGUGUAUGCCUGAAGAGUCUGAACCCAAAUGUUGGCACUGACAAAGACCAGGAAAACUGGAAGGAUGUCCACAAACAAGUGGUUGACAGUGCUUAUAAAAUAAUUGAACUGAAAGGAUAUACCAACUGGGCAAUAGGGUUAAGUGUUGCUGACAUUAUUGAGUCCCUGGUAAAGAACCUUGGGAGAGUUCACCCCGUAUCAACUAUGGUCAAGAACAUGUAUGGAAUUAAUGAAGAAGUAUUCCUGAGCCUGCCUUGUGUUCUCAAUAAUUGUGGAGUGGCUAGUGUUAUCAAUGUCACAUUGGCUGAUGAUGAAGUGGCCAAGCUGAGGAAGAGUGCGGAGACCCUUUGGAACAUCCAGAAGGACCUCAAGGAUGUGUGAUUUGCAAGGCCAAAUACCCAGUGCUGAAUGUCAUACUUGAUGUUUUGCUUUGUCUCUUGGUUUAACAUUUACCAAUAAAAGUCCAUUUAAUAUUCA